GUCAAGCCUGUCAACGAAACUGUUUCUCAAAUUUUUGAGGUGAUGUUCAUGCUAGAUUCAAUCCAGAAACUCUACCACAAUGUCGAGUACGUUUGGCCUGACCCCAGGACGAGGCACUACCCUCUUGUUUAUACACCGUUACCAUACACAAUUGUCGCCAUUUUCCUAUUUUUCACCUACUAUUUGGGACCGAAAUAUAUGCGGGGGAGACAACCAUAUCGACUGGAAAAGAUUGUAAUUAUUUACAACUUCUUACAGAUGAUUUUCAAUGGAUACCUGGUUGUUAAUGUUGUAAGGCUAUGCUACUGGCCUUUGAGAUACAGUUUAUGGUGUCAACCUGUCGAGACUGGGACAUCUCCAAGAGAGGUGGCACUCACUGAUUUUGUCUGGCUCUAUUACAUGAGUAAAAUCAUUGAUGUUCUGGAUACUGUAUUCAUAAUUUUGAGGAAAAAAUAUUCACAACUUACACUGCUCCAUGUUUAUCAUCACGCUGGUAUGAUAUUAAUAUCAUGGUGUGGCAUAAAAUAUGUUCCAGGUGGACAAAGUCUUAUAACGGGAGUGACCAAUUGCUUUGUACAUGUUGUAAUGUAUGGAUACUAUUUACUGACAUUGGUUGACAAACGCUAUGCCAGCUCAUGGUGGAAAAAACAUAUCACACAAAUGCAAAUGUUUCAAUUCUUCAUAAUAUGCGUUCACCAUUCGAUAUCAGCUGUCAGUGACUGUGGUUAUAAUCGCUAUAUUAGUGCAUUGGUUGUACCCUGUACAUUCUCCAUUACCUAUCUUUUUGUUAUUUUCUACUGGAACGCCUACAUAGAACGCAAAAAAGAAAAAAGGGUUAUAAAACUUAUCUGUAGGAGGGUGAUAGUGAUAUUCAUCUGUAUUUAUGCUUAAUAUGUAUUUUACAUUAAAAAUGUAUUGUUAAAUAGAGGCUGUCAGUAAUGUAAACAUUUCCGUACAACUAUACGUUUACCAUAUUAUGAAAUAAAUUGAUAGUGAUGGAGUGAUUAUUAUAUUCAUAAAUUAUAAAUAUUCUGUUGAUAUAAUAUUUUAUUAAAUAUAUACGAUAACA